ACCACCCCCGCCCGGGAUGGCGGAAGUGGAGGUGCCGACGGCGGCCGAGAGGGACAUGAAGCACUACCACGGCUCCGGCGGCGUCGCUAUGGACGUGGAGCGGAGCCGCUUUCCCUACUGUGUGGUGUGGACUCCCAUCCCGGUGCUCACGUGGUUUUUCCCCAUCAUUGGCCACAUGGGCAUCUGCACAUCCACAGGAGUCAUUCGGGACUUUGCUGGCCCCUACUUUGUCUCGGAAGACAACAUGGCCUUUGGAAAACCUGUCAAGUACUGGAAGUUGGACCCUGCCCAGGUGUACACUAGCGGGCCCAAUGCAUGGGACACUGCAGUGCAUGACGCCUCUGAGGAGUACAAGCACCGCAUGGUAGGUGGGCUGGGGCAGGGCCAGCUCCUGAGGUCAGAACCAGGGUGGGAGGUUCCCUUACAGUCUGUCCUGACCCAACCCUUCUGGCACCUCCAGCACAAUCUCUGCUGUGACAACUGCCACUCGCAUGUGGCAUUGGCCCUGAACUUGAUGCGCUACAACAACAGCACUAACUGGAAUAUGGUGACGCUUUGCUUCUUCUGCCUGCUCUAUGGGAAGUACGUCAGCGUUGGGGCCUUCGUGAAGACCUGGCUGCCCUUCGUCCUUCUCCUGGGCAUCAUCCUGACUGUCAGCCUGGUCUUUAACCUCCGGUGAUGGCUGCCCUGUAGUCCCGAACCCACCAGGCUCCAGAGGAGGCUGCUACCAGCCCCUUUUGGUCCAAGAUUACUUCUCACCCCGAAAGGCAGGGUUGGGCCUGCUGUUUUGGACAUAGGGUUCUGGGCUCAGUGGGAUGGAAGGGUUGAGGAUGAGCAUGGGACGGGUGGUUAUUGUCUCACUGGCCACUCAGAAGCCUUCCGUCCCCUCCUCCCCAGGCAUGUGACCCUGGUCCUUGAGGCCCCCUCUUUAUUCUGCUAGAAAGGCCUUAGCUUCCCUCUGUAGGACUUCUCCUGACACUGCCUGCUGGGCUCCUGCCUAAGCCCUGUGCCCGGUAUGGGAAGGGGAGGACAUUUAGUCUCACUGGACAAGGCAGUAUUGGGACCAGAGCUGGAUUAGGAGCCUGCUCUUCUUGUGUUAGCUCUGGUCCCAGGGUGGGCAGGGGAAUACUAGAAGUCUCUAUAAGCUAAGCUGCCCUGGGACCUUCACCACUGGCCUCUAGAAUGGCACAGGGGGCUGGCUGGAUGCCUCUGUCAGUUGUCUGCCAGCAGCUGCAUGGGGGAAGUAUGUCUCCAUCUGGCGUCCUCCGGCCCAUGCAGCCCACCUUCACCCUCCCAGGGCCUCCCAGCAUUGGGCCCAUCUCCCCCUGCAGUUUGGGGCCAAGAGGUGAAUGGAACCAACAUGUGCCAGAGUGGUACGGUAGACAUCAAUGCCAACAACACUCGGCCCUAGCCCCAUCUGUAGGCCUUGUGCUGGUGAUGGCUCCCUUGGGUCCAAAAUACAGGAUGCCUGCCAGAACAGCUAGUGCCAUCAGGGAGCUGGAGGGGUCUGUUCUCCCCACCUGUCUACAGGCCCCCUUUCUUCAGGUUGUCAAGAAGGGCCCUUGCUGCUGGCCCCCUGCUCCAUGGAUUCCUUGGAGGGGCUUCCUGGGCAGGACAAUAAAGAGUUUUGAUUCCA